AUGUUAGUUCCUGUGGAUGGCAAACGAGUAGAGCACACAUACUCGGAUAGCAGUGGCACCUCCAACAAGCCCCCCAGUCCUCAAGGUCUCCAGACCGUAUUUCGGGUAUCUCCGCCAGGGCAGAGAAAACAAGAAUUUCACUCCCGAAGAGCUCACAAAAAGUCCCGGGCUGGCUGUCUUACGUGCAAAAAACGAAAAGUCAAGUGUGACGAAGGGAAACCAGAAUGUCAACGAUGCAAUACUCGAGGUAUUCAAUGCAACUAUUCAUCAGAGUCCGAGUUAGCUGUUUCUCGCCGUGAGGAAAAUUCUCCUGAAUGGAUGUCUGUCUCUCCACCGACUUCUCUCUUUGCUUCUCUUUCCCUUGAAGAUAUCACAAAAAGUAUCGAGGUCACAUUAAGUCAUGAUCAGAGAUGGAAUCCUUAUUCAUUGACGAGCAAGAAUUCCGAUACACCGAUAAGCACAGUCGCGUUUCAUCAUUUCGUCAAUUGUUCAACUGGUACAAUCGCUGCCCCUGCAAUUCGGAAUGUCAUGAAGACAGAUAUGAUUCGCGUCGCAUUUUCAAGCCCUCAUUUAAUGUACACCAUCCUAGGAGUCGGCAUGCUCCACUUCAAUCGUUUCUCCCCAAACAAAGAACGAGCCAUUGCAGAAUCAUAUUUCUGGCAACACGCCAUAAACCUUUACCAAAAAGCCUUAUCAUCCAAAAUCGACGAAGAAAAUGUUGACGCUCUCUUAUCAACCUGCAUGCUCAUGGGUGUCAUGACAAUCUGCCCCGAGAAAUUCGAGCCAAUAGACUCUUGGGUCCUAACAAACAAGCCCGAAUCCAUGAACUGGCUCGCUCUCCAAAGCGGCCUACGUUGCAUUUUAACCCUGACAUCAUCAUAUCUCCCCAAAAGCAUAUGGUGUGAAGCAUUCAAGGAAGUUGACAGAACAGGAGACAAGAUAUUCAAACAGGAGGAAACAAAAGGUCGAGAAGGUCUUAGUCCAGACCUAGCAGAUCUUUGUGAGAUCGACGAAGAAACUACUGAGGACUCGAAUAUUUACUAUACACCCCUGAAAUAUCUUUCUGAGUUAAUGGUGCUGGAACCCAGCGGUCCUAAUGUAGCACAUGUUGCUUCGUUCAUGGGGAGGUUGGAGUGUGAGUUUCUGGCUCUUUUACGGAAGAGGGAUCCACGUGCGCUCAUUAUUUUGGCGCAUUGGAUGGGCCUUAUGUGCUCUCUUUAUGAGUGGCAGCCUUGGGUUGAGGCAAGGAUCAGGAAGGAGUGUAUAGCCAUUUGUAUGUUUUUGGAGUCUAGUUCGGACCAAAGGAUAUUGUCGUUGUUGCGAUUCCCAGCGGAGGCGUGUGGGUAUCGUGUUACUAUUCACGAGUAUUUAUGA